UUGUCUGGAGAAGAGAGGGAGGGACACUUCCUGACUGAUCUGGACCUGAUUAGAGGAGGAGGGGCGGGGGGGGUGUUCUGCUGGGCUGGGAGCUGCAGAAAUGCAGAGCAGGAUGGYUGAAUGACCACAGGACUGCAGAAGUCAAAACAACUCCAUGCAAAACAGGGAUGCUUUUUGGGGAGAGCUUGAGUGCRAUGAACCUGGAGCGCAGCGACAGAAGGGAGCGCCCUUUAACGCGGGGGCUGGACAUGGAGGCUCGUGCUGGGGGCAAAAUGGGGAAGAUGUCGGUGGGCUUCCAGAGGAGCUCCACCUCGGAUGACGACUCUGGGUGUGCGUUGGAGGAGUAYGCCUGGGUGCCACCGGGACUCAGGCCUGAGCAGGUCCAGAUGUAUUUCUCCUGUCUGCCCGAAGACAAAGUGCCGUACGUGAACAGUCCUGGAGAGAAGCACAGGAUCCGACAGCUCCUCUAUCAGCUGCCGCCGCACGACAACGAGGUGCGCUAUUGCCAUUCUCUCACAGAGGAGGAAAAGAGAGAGCUCCAAAUAUUCAGCAACCAAAGGAAGAGAGAAGCAUUGGGGCGAGGGAUACCCAAGAUCCUCCCCAGAGCUCUGCAGCACACCCGCUGUGAAAAC